AAGGGGACACCGGGGACAAAGGGGGCACCGGGGGCACUGGUGUGAUACUGGUGUGACACUGGUGUGACCCCGCGCUGACCCCGCGGCUUAAAAGGGGCCCCGAAACGCCCCCAAAGCCACAGCGACGAUGAGCGACAGCGCGAGUUCAGAGGGUCUCAAAGUCGGGAAAGAGAAAUCCCAGUUUAGGAACUACCGGGAGGGCUCCGGUCGGGUGUUCCGAACGUACCUGGAGAUGCACUCCCGGCAGAGCGUGGCCUUCGUCCGGAAGAAGGCGUUGGAGUUCGGGAGCUGCUCGCGGAGGACGAUGUCCGUGAUGGAGGCCUUGGAGCUCCUCGAUGGGGUGGUGGAUGAAUCCGACCCCGACGUGGACUUCCCCAACUCCUUCCACGCCUACCAGACCGCCCAGGCCAUCCGCCACGCCCACCCCGACAAAGAGUGGUUCCAGCUGGUCGGACUCAUCCACGAUUUGGGCAAAGUCCUCAUUCUCUUCGGGGAACCGCAGUGGGCGGUGGUGGGCGACACAUUCCCGGUUGGCUGCAAAGUUCAGAAGAGCGUCGUCUUCGCCGACUCCACUUUUGGGGGGAACCCCGACACCUCCGACCCCCGAUACAGCACCCAUUAUGGGAUGUAUCGCCCCAACUGUGGACUGGAGAACGUCCUCAUGUCGUGGGGACACGACGAGUAUAUGUACCGCGUGAUGACCGUCAACAACUUUGCGCUCCCGGAAGAGGCAUUCUAUAUGGUUCGAUUCCAUUCCUUCUAUCCAUGGCAUUCCGGAGGCGACUACGGACACCUCUGCUCUCCGCGGGAUCUCCGGAUGCUGCCGUGGGUGAAGGAAUUCAACAAAUUCGACCUUUACACCAAAGAGGAAGAGAUUCCGGAUGUGAAGGAGCUCCGAGGGUAUUAUCAGGGACUCAUCGAGAAGUAUUGUCCGGAGAGGAUCCGAUGGUGAACCCCGAAAAUGAACCCCUUCCUCCGGCAGUGGUUCCCCCCCAAAAGGGGUCCCGGAGACACCCCAAUAAAAUCCAGGGCAGAG